UCUUGAGCAGGGCUGCUUGAUGAUGAGGAGGCGAAGCGGCCGGCUCGCACCUACACCCUAAAUUAGCAUCCCUUCCCUUUAAACACCUACUUUAUUUAGUUGGCUUGCCUUGCUUGUAGUUUCUUGCCUAUGUUUUUUUUAAAUUAUUAUUAUUAAUGUCGAGGGUUAACGGGACCCCUGCCGAGACGGACGAGGUGUGACGCUGGCAAAUCAAUUGCACCGGAUGUCAUUCAACGCCUCUUAAAUAGAAAGGAGUAUAACCGAGCGUAAAGGCUACGCCAUGGAGGCUGCAACGCAUUUGGUGAACGACACAAUAGCGUUUUACAAAUGGAGUCUCACUAUAGCAGACAAACGAGUGGAAACCUGGCCGUUGAUGUCGUCGCCCUGCCCCACGCUGGCCAUCAGCUGCCUGUACCUGGUCUUCCUGUGGGCGGGGCCUAGAUACAUGCAGGACCGCCAGCCGUACACGCUGAGGAAGACCCUAAUCGUCUACAACUUCAGCAUGGUGGUGCUCAACUUCUACAUCGCCAAAGAGCUCCUGCUUGGCUCGAGAGCAGCCGGGUACAGCUACCUCUGUCAACCUGUCAACUACUCUGACGACGUCAAUGAAGUCAGGAUAGCAUCUGCUCUUUGGUGGUACUACAUCUCCAAAGGGGUGGAGUUCCUGGACACCGUCUUCUUUAUCCUGAGGAAGAAGUUCAACCAGGUCAGCUUCCUCCACGUCUACCAUCACUGCACCAUGUUCAUCCUCUGGUGGAUCGGCAUAAAGUGGGUCCCUGGUGGACAAGCUUUCUUUGGUGCAACUAUAAACUCCGGCAUCCAUGUCGUUAUGUACGGUUACUAUGGCCUGGCUGCAUUGGGACCACAGACGCAGAAGUACCUCUGGUGGAAGAAAUACCUCACCAUUAUGCAGAUGAUCCAGUUCCACGUGACCAUCGGCCACGCCGGCCACUCCCUCUACACGGGCUGCCCCUUCCCCAACUGGAUGCAGUGGGCCCUGAUCGGCUAUGCCGUCACCUUCAUCAUCCUCUUCGCCAACUUCUACUACCACGCGUACCGAAGCAAGCCGCCCCCCCCGCACAGGGGCCAAGCAAAGCCCGUCACCAACGGCGUUUCGAAGGCCACCAACGGCCACAGCAAAGCGGACGAGGCGGUGCCAGACAACGGCAAAAGGCAAAAGAAGGGACGGGCCAAACGGGAGUAAAGGACGGCUCGCUGUGCGACCAACGGGAGGACAUCUUAAAGAGCGAGAGACACAAGAUUGGGAGGGGAAGAUGGCAGCCGUUGAACGCCAGUGUGAAAUGACUGCUGCUUCUCUGGCUGCCUGUUGUCUUUCGUCUCAAAUUUCCUUUUAAAAGCAAGCAAGGCAAAAAUGCUGAACAUGUAGACGUGCACGUUCUGUCCAAACAUUUUUGGACCACGUCACACCCGGAAUGUUACUGAAUCAUCGCCGACUUGCCAUCCAAAAAGUUCACAUCCAACUUUCCUUACAAAGGAGCCCAGUCGUGUUUUCUUUGAGAGCUUCUGUAGUCUAAUUCUGCUUAUAUUUAUGAUUAUUUUAUAGCAGGGGUCACCGAGCUUUUUGAAACCGAGAGCUGCUAGGGUACUGAUAAAUGUGAAGGGCUACACACGUCUGAAAAAACUAAUUGGUUCAAAUUACCUUAAAUAUUUACGUUAUUAUAGAUCAUUAAAAAUAUUUAAGUGAAGACAACAGAAAAACAGAAAUAUCAAUACGCAACACUUUAUUCUUUCACAUGUCCAAAUGAUCGCUUCUACACUGUUCCUAGGAAAUCCCAAUGUCCCAUCACUGGUGAGCUAUUUUUAGAACAGGCGUGCGGGCACCAUGUUGGUGACCACUGUUUUAUCGCCCUCUGACAAAGUAUCAUUAAAAGAGGGUUGUUUACAAAUUGUCACUGUAUAAUGAAAAGCAUGUAUCUCCAAAUUGUGGGAUUGGAUUAUUUUAUUUGUUAUAUUUCAAAAUUAUUUAAAAUUUAUUUAUGAGUUACAUUUCAAUGUAUUUAUUUUUUUAUUUUAUCUCUUUUUUUUGGUGUAAUUUCAAUCCAAAUAUGCUUUUCAUUGGACAGCAACAGAUUUUAAUCAUUUCAAAAUGACUGCCGUGCAAUGUGCACAUAUCCAACUUGUCACUGUGCUGCAUUUAUAGCAUUGAAUCUUAACAGGUUGUUUUUAUAACUGAAAACACUGUUUGGGGAAGGGGGGAAACAAUAGUUUCUUUUUAUUUUUUAGUGUUUAUGCAUUUUAUUCUUUGGCAACACUUUUUGUGGGUCCCCGUGUUUUUUUUUUUUUUUUUUUUUUUUUUUUUGCUGUGCAAUGUAGCCGAGAAUAAAGAGAGUGAGGUCGAGAUCAGUGUUGUCUUCUCACUGCCACCGCGUAGGGCGGAAGGGAGCCGCUUUUAUCUGAACGGAAGCAAAGUCUAAUUCAGACUGUUUGUUGCUGCACGUAACCACUGAAAAAAUAAAGGACGGUG